GAAGAAGCAGCGGAUCUGUCGGGCAGCUGAGUGAAGUGGAGCCUCAGGAGGAAGCACCUGUUAGCCCUGGUUUCACUACAGGCAGAUUCACUCGCUACAGUGGCGAGGAAAUAAAACCUGAACAGCCAAUCAGAGAAUCACAAAUUUGAGUUUUCGCAUUUUAGCUUUUGUAUUUGGGAGGGAGUUGUCCAUCUUUAUGAAUAUUUUUGGAGUGUCUCAGACCAGCAAUGUUUAACUUACAGUUCUUGUGCCAAACUAACCAUUUCCAAUUCACAAAAUCCAAGAAAUUCCCUUGCGUACACGUAACCUGUGAUGGGCAGCUGCGACUGGCAGCGGGCAAAGUGGCUCCUGGACAGAGCAAGUUGAGUAUCCCUGUCUUAGACCAUAGGAAUAACAUACAUGAAUUUUGAAAAUGGGCAUACCCCUUUAAUUAAACAGCAGCAUUUCAAGUUCCACCAACCCAAAACAAAAGUGUUUACCUCUGUAUGUCUACCAAGUGGAGAGGCACAUAUGCAAAAGUGGGACAAUGUUGAAUAUCGUAGAAAAAGAAAGACCAAGAUAACUUUUACGUGAAACAAGACAUUUAAUGUAUUUUGAAAAGGCUGCCAAUGUUGCAAGCUAUAGAGCAUUUUACACCCCAAAAAAGAGAGCGAUGAAUAAACUCAUAAUUAUAAAAUUUCCUAUAAAUUAUCAAUACCCUGUUAAUGAAAUGGAUUAAGUGAACAAAGUUGCAUUCAUUUUGGCGAAACACUCUGUAAAACUUACGUACUUUCGAAUAAUGCUUGUGUGCAAGAAAAGCUCAUCUGAAUUCAAGAGCAAAGUGUUGCAGACCUGCUUACCACACACUGUUUCAUUUGACUGUUUCACUGGGCCCCCGUCCGCCAGUACCAGACCCGCCAACUUCAACAAUCAUUCAAUUUUCAAAAUAAAACCAAAUAUGAAAAAACAAAAUAAUGACUUGUGACAUAUAUACAUAUAUAUGUAUAUGUAUAUACAUAUAUAUAUAUAUAUAUCUAUAUAUAUAUAUAGCGCACAUGUGUUAAUCAACAGUCCCUUUAUGAGGGGAGCAAGGGAAGAACAUUUAAUAAAUCCCUGGGGGGUGGGAGUGGCAGUGGCAGAAAUCUGAGAGCAGAAAUUCUGCGAGCGCACAGAAGCAGUUUGAGCGUGAGGAGAAAAGCUGAAGCUCGAGCAGGAAAUCUGUGCGAGCAACAUGGCAUCUGAGUGCGACCACAGAGUUUGAGCAGAAACAGAGUAGAUCUAACCGCAAGCAGAGGCUAUUUGAGUUUGAGGGACAAUAUUAUAAAAUGUGAACAUGAAAUCAAUAAAUAAUGCUCUCAAACUGAUUUACCACUCUCUUGAAUAAAGAACCUCGAGCCUCCUUUAUUUAUUUACUUUUUGCCUUUAUUCACUGAUGUAACGUUUUUGUCCCGAUAUUUUGUGUGAUAUCAAUAAUAAUAACAAUAAUAAUUUAAAAAAAAAAAAAAAAAACUUGGCUUCCGGGUCAUGCAAUGUGCGAGAGAUGAAAAUAUUGAAAGUGUAUAAAAGGCCCGAAUCCCAGCCCGUUAUCCGUUUUUUCCAUUUUCCAUUUAAACAGAAAAUCGGAAAUCGGAAAACGUGCCCGGGUCCUUAUCCGUUUUUUCAUUUUGGUUGUGGAAACAAAUAUUGAAAAAAACAAGUCAUUACUUUGUUUUUUCAUAUUUUGAUUUGUUUUGAAAAACGAAUGAACAAAUGAUACACGGAUUCCCUUUGACUAGCAGACAUGCAGAGGCAGUUCAUGCAUGAAUCUGGAUUAUCACGAGCAGCCACUGCAUCCUGAAAACCUGAAAAAAAUGUUUUCUGACUUGUUUUUCAGUUGUUUUGUUUUGAUUGUUUUCCAGUUUGGAUGAAAUUAUUAAAUGAUUAGAUCAUGUACCCGACUGCCUCAUAUCUGACUGGAGGUUUGAAGUCCCUUGUUGGCAACAUCAUUGAGAGUUACUGCCAAGGGAUUAUAUAAACAACUAGAGACACACAAUCUAACUGAAUGGGUGGACACAGAACUAACUGCACCUAUUUCCUGUUUCUCUAAAGUAAGUUAUGCUAAUGUCUUACCUGUGCAGUAUUAAAAUGACAUCUGCAAAACAAUGAACCGUAAUGUUUGAUGAUGGAUAAUGUUUCAAUAAUUACUAUGUUUACUUUAUCAGGGUUAAAUGGGACAUCAAAUUACAGAAUCACUCUCUUUGCUCUCACUCUGUUGUGUUACUGUGUGAUUUUGCUGGUAAAUUUAACUAUUAUUUUAACAAUUAUUGUGGACAGAAAACUUCAUGAGCCUAUGCAUAUAUUCUUGUGUAAUCUGUGUAUUAAUGGACUUUAUGGAACAGCAGGCUUUUACCCCAAAUUCCUCAUGGAUCUUCUGUCUACCACUCAUGUCAUCUCUUAUGCUGGAUGCCUUCUGCAGGGUUUCGUGUUGCACUCUUCUGCUAGUGCUGACUUCUCUUUUCUAGCUCUAAUGGCUUAUGACAGAUACGUGGCUAUAUGUCGUCCUCUGGUGUACCACUCUGUGAUGACCAAACAGAGAGUGUGUGUGUUUGUGUUUUUUGCUUGGCUUGUUCCGUGUUAUCUGUUGUUCAUGAGCACAAUAACAACAUCACUGUCGAGGUUAUGUGGCUCACACAUACCAAAGAUUUACUGUGUUAAUUUCUUAGUUUCUAAACUAACUUGUUCUGCCUCCAUAGCAAGCGUUAUUAUUCCAGCUUUUAAUUAUACUUUUUAUUUUGGCCAUUGUAUGUUUGUUGCCUGGUCUUAUAUAUAUAUGAUCAAAACAUGCACAACAUCCAGAGAGAACAGGAGUAAAUUUAUGCAGACAUGUGUGCCACAUUUAUUCGCUUUAACAGUUGUUGUUGCAUCUUUGCUUUUUGAUUUGUUGUACAUGCGAUUUGGCUCAGAGGAGUUAUCACAAAGUGUCCGUAAUUUUAUGGCUAUGGAAUUUCUCAUUGUUCCUCCAAUUAUCAAUCCUUUGAUAUAUGGUUUCAAAUUGACACAAAUUAGAAACCGAAUUCAAAGUUUUAUGUGCAGGAAAAGUUCAGUCAUUAGACUGAAGUCAUGAGUCGGUCUGCACAAAAGAAAAUUCUAAUCGUACAUGCUUGUGAUUUGGGAGAAAUAUCUAAUACGUCUAGGAAUAUUGAUAAUCAUUAGACAAUGUGACAUGUACAGUAAAAAAAAAACAAAAAACGAGAAAGCAGUUUAUUGGGAACAAUCUGUCUCUCAGGCAUACAAAUUAGGUUAACCAACCAUCUGUGGCUUUCAAUAAAUCUGUACCUGAUCACAAAAACUGCUUUGUUUCACAUAGCAUUGCUCUUAAGCAAUUACACAGCACACAGUUAUUGUUUAGAAAAGAAUGGCUGCUGUUUUUGGUACCAUUUGUUAGUAAUCACACCACAGUCACAGUUAGUGUUAGCUAGCUGUUGUACAGACAGCAUUCAAAUACACUCUAAAGUAACUACCUGUGUGUGAACAUGCUGUCCGUGCAGUGCUUCCACACAGAGCACAGGUCAUCUUUGUAUGGUUUAUGAUUAGGCCGGAAAAAGCAUGGUGGCUCAGUCCUAAUAAAACACGCUUUAGAUGUGAGGCUUUAUUGAAGGCUUGCUCUAUGAGUUGAGCAUCAUAUUUUUUAGUUUCAAAGUUAAAUGAAACAACAUAUAGAAAAUAUUUAGUAAUAGGCUAUAGUCACAAAGCUCUCAUAUGUUACUCAGCAUGGUUUCAGGGUCAAAUUUAAUGUGUUAUGUGCUUUUUUAUUUUUUUUCAAUUUUAUUUAAUUUUUACAUUAAUAUUGUGAGACUGUAAAUUGUAAAUGUAAAGAUCAAUGGUUCUGUCAUUAAAAAAUGUGCAACCAUAAUGAAAGCUGGUAAAAGUAGCAGUUUUUGAUUUUUAAUAAUGCAUAAUGUUUCAGUAAUUACUAUGUUUGAUGUGUGCUCGUGUGAUUUUGCUGGUAAAUUUAAUCAUUAUUGUUACAGUUUUUACAUAUUGUGCAAGUCAUUGGGGACAAAAAGCUUCAUGAAGCAUAUGUACUGUAUAUCUUCCACUGUAAUCUGUGCAUCAAUGGACUUUAUGAGACAGCAGGCUUUCAUCCUAAAUUUUGUGCACUCUUCAGCUUGUGCUGACUUCUCCCUUCUAGCUAUAAUGGCCUAGGACAGAUAUGUGGCUAUACGUCGUCCUCUGGUGUAUCAUUCAGUGAUGAUGAAACAGAGUUUGUGUGUUUUUAUUUUUGCUUGACUUAUACCCAUUUUUUGGGGGGGUUCAUAGGUACAGUUACAAAAUAAACAUCGAGAUUAUGCGGCUCACACAUACCAAAAAUCUACUGUGUUAACUGGCAGAGUAGUUGUUCUGCCUCCAUAGCAAACAUUGCUUUUCCAGUUUUUAAUUAUAUUAGUCUUCUGGUCAUUUUGUUUUUAUUAUUUGAUCUUAUGUUUAUCUAAUUAUACAUGCCUACCAUUCAUUAUAAUUUCCCUGCAUUUCAAAGUUUACACUUUCCAUCUUGCAUCAAUAAACAGUUUUUUUUCUCCAGUGAUGGUCAUAAUGCACAAGAUGAUCAGAGCUGAGCCAGUCCACUAGGAUCCACAGAGGUAUUGGACAUAUUGUCAACCAACUUGAGACCCGAGGUUGUAAAACAGGUCUUCACCCGGACACAACUACAACCCUGAUUGCAAAAAAAUUG